CAUUCACGAGGUGAUGGAGCGGUAAAGAUAAAAAAAAAAAUGCUAUAUUAAGUGUGAACGCACUUCUACCACCGCCCAAUCUGAUUCCCAACAAUAGUCACAGUCAUCAUAGUCACACUCACUCCCACAAGAACAAGAAGAAGAACAUCGUUUGUUGAAUGCAAUUAAUAACCCAGUCAUGGCCAACACUUUUUAUGCUUCUCCCCCUCAUCUUCAAAUUCAACACCUAAGUCAACAUCAACAACACAAAUAUCUCACUUCAUCACCACGCCCCCAUUACAAACUCACUUCAUCACCUCGCCCGCUUCCCACACAGUACCGUCUAUUUGCUUUCCCUCAACCCAGCCGACCCAAUUUCACUCUCAAUGCUCUUCAUUCCGAUCCACCUCACCAGAGAUCGGUUAACUUUGGAAGAAGAAAUGAAAGGUACGAGCAAUGGGAUUCGCUUACAUCCAAACUCUCUGGAGCAGCCAAUUUCCCAUUCCUCUUACUUCAAAUGCCACAGAUUUUACUUAAUGCUAGAAAUCUCUUGUCCGCAAAUAAUACUGCUCUCUUUGCUAUUCCAUGGCUAGGAAUGCUUACUAGUUUGCUUGGAAACCUCUCGCUACUUUCAUACUUUGCCAAGAAAAGAGAAAAGGAAGCAAUGCUAGUGCAGACACUUGGUGUACUUUCAACAUAUGUUGUCAUUCUUCAGCUCGCAUUAGCCCAAUCCAUGCCUUUUCCUUACUUUUUCGCAACUUCACUCGUUGUAGUGUUCGGUCUUUUUCUCAAUUUCAUCAAUUACUAUGGCUUACUAAAUGCUCAAAUCUGGCGUUUUUGGGAAGAUUUCAUUACAAUUGGAGGUUUAUCCGUGCUUCCUCAAAUAAUGUGGUCUACAUUUGUUCCCUAUCUACCUAACAGUAUCUUGCCUGGGGCACUUUCCUUUCUCAUAGCUGUAUUGGCUGUUACCAUGGCAAGAAGUGGAAAACUUUCUGAGAAAGGUGUUCAAUUUGUUGGUGGAAUAUCUGGAUGGACUGCUACUUUACUCUUCAUGUGGAUGCCAGUUUCCCAGAUGUGGACAAAUUUUCUCAAUCCCGAGAACAUGAAAGGCUUGUCUGCUUUUUCUAUGUUGCUUGCGAUGCUUGGAAAUGGACUCAUGCUUCCACGUGCUCUAUUCAUUCGUGAUUUUAUGUGGUUCACUGGUUCAACAUGGGCUACCAUAUUCUAUGGAUAUGGGAAUCUUGCAUGCCUAUUCCUUUUAAACAUUAUCAGCAAAGAAUUCUUCUUGGCAGCAACUGUCGGUCUGGUUUCAUGGAUAGGAAUGGCUUUCUGGAGAGACAGUGUAGUGCAUGGUCACAGUUCACCUUUGGUUUCUUUAGGUGACUUGGUUUUUGGAUCUCGAAAAUAAAGUUUGUGAUGCUGCACUGAAGCACACUGUAUUAUUGUCUGUAUAGUAAGGUGAUUCAUGAUUAACACCAGUCUUGUCUCAUCUUGGGAUAGAUUCAUUGAGAUAAAUAAUUAUGUUGUAAUUAAUUAGCGUUUUAAAGAAUCCCAUCAUUUAUGUGAUAUAGAGGAUACAAUACAAUUUGUGACGUUCUUUCAA